AUGGUGCUGAAUCGUGUAGUCGUCUGCUUCCUCUGUGGGCUCGUUGUUGGAUUGGCUCAUUUGGGCCUGCUGGUGGGAGACGUUCCCGCGUGCAACCAGACGCGGCCAACGCAAGGGCUCCUCAAUAUUGACAUCACAUCACGCGCCCUGCAUGCUUCAAUCCUCGCCGUGACCCUUAUUGCCUUGGCUGCGGUGGAUGCCAGUGCUCAGUGGGCUAGCGAUGCGGCGUUUGGCGUGCUCGUUCUCUUUAUUGUCCUGCCGCUCAUCUGGUGGUGGGGCAUCUUUCCCUUGGCCUCAGACUUGGGCUUGUGGUGUCUCGAACAGGUCGACGUCUAUGCUCUGGGUGGCGCUUCGCAUGUGUCGGCAUCUCGGUCUCUCUGGCGCGUGCUCGCGGGUGUCAGCAGUGCCCUCGUUGGGUUUGCCAUCAUGGGUGCCAAUGAGAGUGGGCCCAAUGUUGCCGAUGCCCUGACUUGGUCCAUCUUCCCAGCUCUGGCCCUCGCCAUUGAUGCACGCAUGUGGCGCGCAUGCCUGCACGCCAUCCGGCCUCAACACCAGCGCGUCAAACCUUCCAGUGGCGACACUGCCAUACCUUUUGGCGACGAGCAGGCGCACGCACCAGCUUCAGCUCCCCUUGCAGCGCCUGCUUUCUUGCUGGGGCGUGUCGUCGUGUGGCUCGUGGCUUUGGCUCUUGCCAUUAGUUUGGCUCAUGCCGACCUGGCCCAGUCCUCUGCAGCGUGGGACAACCUUCGGCUAGCUUUUGCUCUUGUCGGUCUUGUCGUCUGCGUCCUUGCCAGCCUUCUAGCUGCCGCACAACAGCCGCUCGUCUUGGGUUGGCUUGCCAACCCCAUAUACAAAGAGGUGCUCUAUCUCGACCCCUGCACGAGCUUUGGACGGUAUGGCUUGAAUCUGCUGUCCUACGGAAUGGCCUUGCUCUUGCUGUUAAUUUUUAAGGGUGGUGCCGAUCAGCUCAUGAGUGACUGCUUUGUUACAUCACAUCCACAGGUCAUUAUUGUGCUUUUUGUAGAUCGUUAUGCGGCGUGGGGUCCCUUGGUGGCGCUCGCCUACCCGGUUCAGCUCCUGCUGGUGUCUCUUCUUUUGGACCGAGUGCUCAAAUUUGUGGAUCUGGUCCGCUUCAUGGCCGUCACAACCGUCACGCACUGGCGCAUCAAACCCAUGCGACUGCGCCAGUCCCCGGUGCUUAUUGCUUGGAACGUGAUUGCGUUGCCGCUCAACCUUGGCCUUGCCGGUCUUGCUGCUCUUUUGGAUGCCUCGGUCAUGCCCCUUUUUGGACUUCCAUUCUUCGUACUCGCCAGUCCUCGAUCUCGUCGUUUCUGGCAGCACGUGGGUGGGCAGAGUGAUGCCCAGGAAGCCGUGUACUAUAGCGAAAUCUGUUCAACAGUCGCCGAUGCGCUCAUCACGGCAUACCGAAGAGGUGCUCUCGGUCAUUGUCGCAUGGGCGAAGUGCUUUUGCUACGCUUCGAGAACCGUAUGAUGAUGGUGCACCUCCUCGAGGCUGGCCUUUUUCAUGCCGUCUUCCUUGUUCAAGGUUUGGAACUGACAGAAACAUCAUGCCACACGACCGAAGCGACUCAUUUGGAGGAGGUCUUGGAUUACGUCUUGCCAGAAAAAAAGCGCGGGCUGGGCAUGUGGAAGCCGUUGACGCCACAAGGUCUGGUGGGUUUGUACAACGGCGCCUUGCCGCACAGUGUAAACCGGGCCAAAUUACCAAGCAAAGUGAAGCAGCUCGUGGUGCGAGCAAGUCGGCUGGCAAUCAAACUGGCUCUGGAUCUGGCUGUAGUGGGUGACGAGACGGUGCAGGAUCUUGAGGAAUUGGCCGCAGAUUUACGUGCUUUGGACAGAGAUGUACACCUGGGCCGCAGUGAGGAUGCCCUAUGGUAUCGAGCCAUCCGUGAACGAAAGCAACAACUUUUUGCACUCGCGAUUGAAGAGCAGGUGGUACAAAGUCACCUUGUGACGUCUGGUCACGUUCGUGUCCGAGCCGUCCGCCUCAAUGCUGAAGCUGUUCGCGGGCAGUGGGCUAACAUGGCCCUUGAGCUUCUCUUUUUGACCAAUGAUGACGAGGAACGUUACAGCAUUCAAGCACAUCGUAGCCUCUUGCGUAAUUUGACUUUGCAAAGCGCCGAGCCGCCUCUGGGGUAUCCAGUCUUCAGUCAAGUCAUGGCUGCCUCCUGACGUUUGUGCGAACGUUUCAAAGUGUGUGGCGGUGGCGACGAGCGCUGGCCAGCGGAUAGUGUGGAACUACAUUAUUAAUAUCUUAACAUGUCCAUUGACAGGAUACAUCUUAUUCUUGUUUGAAAUCGACAACUACAUGGA